AUGUUGACGUUAAAAAUCGCCCAAAAAAUCCUUCGCCGAUGGCUCGCGCACGCAUACACAACGAAAGGUAUCUCGAGUGGCCUCGUAGGGGUUCGUCACAAUAGCAGAGGUAAAAUAUGUCCACCGGAUCGAGACAAACCUAAAACAAGUGGCGACGGGGGUGGCGGUAGAAAACUGAUGAUGGCCCUGGGCGCAACAACGCUUGCGGCUGGUGCUACGUUAGCGUACGCAAAAUAUGAUCCCAAUUUUAGGAGCAAAUUCGAAGACCAUUUUCCGAUAGCGAAACCUCUUUUUAAAACGUUAGAUGGCGCCAACUUAUCGAUAAUCUACGCCAAUGCCAAACAAACAUUAAUCGGUAUCAUCAGUGACGGUGGUAAAGAAGCGCAGCUUUUACAAACGGGGGACGAUUUUCCCGCGUCUAAAGAAUAUAAAGCGCCAACCCCUAUCGUACCCGCCCUUGCAGACGAACUCGCGAAACUGCCAGAACGUUACCACGAAAUAAGGGUAGAACAACGAGAAGAAGACAAAGACGAACCGAAAGUUGAAAUCAAAGGGGAACCUAAACCGAAACCACGUGAAAAUGACGCGCGGUACCUCGCCGAACUGGAGGAACAAAUCGGCAGUUUCGCAGCUGAAGCUGUAAACGCGUACGCCGACUCAAUCCGCAUACUGUAUAGCUACAAUCAGGACGUGGAACACAUAAUAGACACGUCAAUAAACGACGUCCAAACAGACGUUUGGGAAAAUAUAAGGAACAAAACGAAAGCAAAAAAUGAAUGCAUCAAACGGGCGCAAGAAAAAGCACAAGAAGCAACGGACAAUAUCAACCGACUCAAAAAUCUGAUUACGCAAACGGAGUUUGUCGGCUCAGAAAAUACGAAAUUCAUCAUAGAAAAUAAAAUUUCCAAAAUUCAGAGCGAUUUGGAAACGGCCAGGUUGGAGAUGGAGUUCGAGUUGAAACAUGGCGGCGUAACGGAAAAAUACUGGGAUAAAGUGGAGAAGGCCAGGAAACGGUUCUCGGAGGAACUGGAAAUUUUGUUUCCAAACGUCGACUUGGCUCAGAAAAUACUAAAACUUAAUCACGAGGAGCUUGAUUUGUUCAUAUUGCACGUUUACGCGAACGUAUUGUUUUAUCAAAAGGAAUUGGCUAAAAUGGAAACGAUAUUGCAGAACAAGAUCGACAACGCAAUUGAAGCGGCCCGCAAAGGAGACUACGAGCCGCUGUCCAUUGCUCAAAUCUGCGCGGCUAUAGAGCAGGACAGAAGAAAAUUAACAGAAUGCUUUCAGCAGCAAUUGCUGAGACUGAAAAAGCAAAACGACGAAGAGUUAAAAAUACAACUGCAGAAGCAGUCACAAGUCUUCAACGAACAAUUAGGCGACGCAGUGAGAAUAAAAGAACUGGAAAUCAGUAGAAUGCUGUCGACAAAAUUUGACGAAUUACUAGAACGGGAAAGAUGUAAGUACAAAACGGAAUUAGCUGCCAUAGCGGGAAAACUGCGUGGAUUAGAUGAGGCAAUCAAAGCUAGAAAUGAGGCGCAGGCAUCGUCGAAACAAUCUCAGGUUUUGUGGAGCGCUUGCCAAUCGUUGUUGCGAGCAAUGAGAGUCGGGUGCCCUGGUAUACCCUGGAAAGAUCAAAUAAGACCGUUGGAGCCUGAAAUAAAUGCCGUUUUGAAAGCAGCAGCGCCAAACGACGAGGUGGUUUGUAUUGUUAUCCAAGAAAUCCCCCACGAAGCAAGGCAAAGGGGAGUUUAUCCGGAAGACGCUUUGAGGGAUCGAUUUUUUAAAGUAGCACGAGUUGCACAAACUGUAGCAUUGGUGCCUGCUGAAGGAGCCGCAUUGCCCAUCCACAUGUUGUCCUAUCUCGAGUCAUGUUUGCUGGUCGGAUCUGCAAAUUCCAUUUCGCGCGCCGAAUUAAACGAUGAACUGGUUGACUUUAGCAAAAUGAACACGCACGAAAUUUUACAGCGGGCGAGGCGCGCCUAGGUGCGUGGCCAGUCAAUGGAUGAAUGAAGCCCGAAUAUUGCUGGAGGCGCAGCAAGCGGCGAAUUCCUUAAU